AACCUCAAUACUUAUACAAGUUUUUAUGACAUUUUUAAUGUUGGUUUUUGUAGUAGAAACGUAUUUAAUUUUGGGCCUUUUUAUGAAAGAUGUAAUAUUUUACGCCAAAUAUAUAUAUUGGUCAAAUUGCUUUAGAAUAUAACGAAUUCUGGGGCGAUGGAGUCACCGCCUUCAUAUUCAACACAUUCAGAAGUGCCUCCUUUGAGUGAAGACAGUGGCUUGCUUAUUACUAGUGGUUCUCUUUCAAGUGAUUCAGCAAGUGGAUGGCAUCAUAUCGCGUCUGAGUUACAAGAGAGCGACUUUGAUGAGCAGUCGCUAUGCGAUUCUUCCGACUCUUCCGAGCGCAUCGGCGGCGAUUUCUUCAACACCGUUAAAAAAGGACCCGGUAAAGUUAUCGUUGCUGCCAUAGAACCGCCCCCGGAAUUUCAGGAUAACCCAGUCCCAGCAAGCGUAGAAAUGAGUACUACGUUUAUUGAGACCAAGAUAAAACCUUUGGCUGUGUGCGUGCCUCCAUCAAUUAUAUGUACUAACGAUAAUAAUAUUAGUAAACCGAAAACUACGAGCUUAAUUUUACCCGUGACAGCUGGUCACAUAUCGCCUAUUUAUCCAAGAAAGUUGAAACCGGAAUCACUAUACGAACGCCGCCAAUGCCUUAACCAUCGCUUCGCCAGUCCGAGAUUACUUCACCUAAGCCCGUGUCGCGCCACUCGACCAUCGUCUCGAAACUCCUUAUCAUCCCGCCUAUCCAGUAGUCAUAACUCUCUUGUAACACAGUUUCAAGCCGACGAUUCUAAUUUUAUAACUCAGGCUAUCUCUCAUGACACUCUGUCUGCAAAAACAUCCGACAUCACAGACAUGUACAAUGUCCCUUUCGAUAGCGACAUAUACGCUGUUCCUAUUGAUAUGAUAAGACCUAGUCAAACUAAUAGAGGGAAAAGUAGGAGAUCGCAGAGACCUUACAGAAGGCGCUGCAAAACUACAACUCCUAAUAUACCAUCGAGCAACUUAUCCACCGAUAGAAGCUAUAAGCCAAAGGAUGUUCGAUUUAAGGACAUAAAGUCUAAAAGGCACUCGUUACCUAGUUCAUCCUGUAAGAAGAAAGUGUCAACGGAUACCAGUACUGAUUCUCUACAUUUAACAUUAAGGGAAAUGAGAAAGUACUUGCAUACUUUGUAUUCAAGUUCGAGUGAUUCAGAAUGCAGGAACACAUUACACAAAAAGAACAAUUCUAUUAUCACAAACGUUGGUAUUCACACAAGAAGUGGAUACAAAGAACCUGUGACACCUAUGUUCUUGAAGCAGAGUAACGAAGUAUCGAAAGCUGUAGAGACGAACAAUAACCAUAAGAAAAUGAAUAAGAAUUCAAUUGAGAUUAACGCCAGUACUAUAAAUAAAAAGAGUAAGGAGACCAAAGAGAGUGUUAUUGAGAAUGAGCCGAAAAAGAAAGGAAGUCAGGACACGAAGGUGAAGAUGUCGUCCGUCAGAUUGCUCUCGCUGAAUUUGAAGCAAAGUUUCUGCAAUUUGUUUCGUUGGAGACGUCCAAGUGAAACCGAUUGUGUGGAGAAGUUAGGUCAUGAGACUCCACCGCCUGUAGUGAGGAGAGCGCUGCCGCCGCUACCUCAGUCCCCACAUCCGACGAACUCUCGCCGUUCAGCAAACGACGACGAAACUGUCAUGGAUUUUGCUACUUCUAUCCAAAAAGUGAAAGAUUGUGGGUGGUACUGGGGUCCGAUAUCGGUGGAAGCCGCUGAGAAGAUACUAUCCAAUGAGCCCGACGGCUCCUUCAUUGUUCGUGACAGCAGUGACGAUCACUAUAUAUUCACCCUCACCUUCAAAUUGAACGGCAUCAGGCAUGUCCGCAUCGAACAUGAUCAAGGGCAUUUCUCAUUCGGUGGUUGUACAAUGUUCAAAGCCCAGACUAUCGUGGAAUUCAUCGAGAACGCGGUGGAAACCUCAAGAAGCGGCCGUUACCUUUUCUUUCUGAACUUGCGGCCGAUGCUUGGUCCUGUGAGGGUGCAGCUACUCUACCCGGUCUCUAGAUUCAAAAGGGCGCAAAGCUUGCAACACUUGUGCAGGUUUGUGAUAUUGAAAAACGUACGCCGUGACUUAGUAAGCAGCCUUCCAUUGCCUCGACGACUACUCGACUACUUAAACGCGACACACUACUACUCAGAACAUUUAUCUGAUCUGUAAUUAAGUUAGAAGAUCGGGCGCCUCAUUACUUCCUAUAAGUUUUAUCAUAUUUUAUGAAGCUUUCGUAUACAUAAUACUAAAUUGAUGAAAAAUUUAUCAAUUCUGACAUUCUAUCACUCUUGUAUCUGUAUAUAUUUUCCAUUACUAUAUCAUAAUGUAAUAAAUUACUUAGUUUUUAGUUAGAUAAUGGUUGGACCUUAAAAUAUUAAGUUUACAGUCAUUAUUCGUUGAUAUUUUCGUUUUUUACAUUUAUACCUAUCAUCUAAACUAUUUUCCAGAGCGCUGGGCCUUGAACACCGUUUUCCUUUCUAUACGAAGCUUUAUCCUUUCGGCCUCAGAGAUCUUAAUCUCUGGAGCUAUUGUCGUUCAUCCUAUCUGUAUCUGAAGCAUCCACGCAUGCCGUUGUCUUUUCUAGUCAGGCUGCAUAUAUAUUUGUUACUAGAAUUGGUAAUUAAGUGCUAAAAAGGUAACUUAAUAUCAUUAGAUCGUUCGUAGCCAUUGUAUAUAUACUAUUUCCUAAGUCUAAAUUUUAGUAAAACUUAAUUCGUAUCUCCAAAUUUAUGAAUCGUAUGUUUAUCGACGAUAUAUGGAAAAGUAUGUAUUAAUUGUUUCCCCGGUCUCCUUCGGAUAAUUUUUCUGUGAUAUUAAUUUCGCAGAAGUUAACUAGCGCGUUCCAAUUAAUUUCGCUCACCAUUAAGCGCAUACCAAUUCUAGUGGAAACAGAUCUCGUACUAGCGAUAUAACUUCCAAUGAUUUACCAAGUCAUGCAUAAAUUAUUACGGUCAAUUAAUGGAUUGGUUUAAUGCACUUGGUUUUCGCGUACAUGUUAAUUUGACUGUAUUUAUUGAUAUGCGUAAGUUUUAUCAAUUAUUUAAUUUAUAUGUUGUGAUCAGACUAAUAAAUGAUUGACGGAGAACGGAUUGUUUUUGUAACUUCGUUAAUUAUUAUUAAAUAUUUUCUACAAUUUAAGUAGCUGUUUUUUGUGAUUGUCGUCUCAUUACAUAAUUAAUAGUAUAAUUGUUAAUAUUAUUUAGGUACUUACUUUUGAUCUUGAUAAUGAUUAUUAUUAAUAAUUAAUUUUUAAAUGAAAUCAAUUUCAAUAUGACGAAUUCUACUUCAUUUACAAAUUAGAACAUAAACAUAAAAUUCGAGUCAAUAACCAUAUGGAUAGGUAGGUAGAUACAUAUCGAUUUCCCGUUAUUUGAGUUAAACAAGUGUAUUGAAGCCAAUCAAAAUUAAUUAUGUAAUGAAAGUGUGUUAUUGUUUACAUUACAACAAAUUUUUCAGAAAUAACGUUAGUGAUUCAAUGUCUCGUAAUUUUACGUUUUUUGAAAUGCUUUUGGAUAAUUUAGCUAUAAACAUAUCAAUUAAAUAGCAUUAACAGCUUGCAAAGCACUGCUGUUGUUAAAUAAUUAAAGGUUAAGGGGUCAUUCGCUUUACUAAUGGUCAGUAAAAUGUAAAGGCGAACAUAACAAGAACUGAACAAAGUUAGUGUUCAGUGUUGAAAAAAAUCUUUUAAGAAGCACGCAUCCUUUUUGUGUCACAUCAGACAGGAAACUUGCUCUUGCAAACUUUUUUAAAGACAACUUUCACACACGCUUUAACAACUGUCGUUUAUUUUAACGUACGACUGCAUGCUGUUUGUAAAGCUGACUCUCAAACCCCUAGAAUAGUUUCAGAAUAUUAUUUAUUGUGAUUAUUAGUUUGUAUAUUUCUAAAACUCUACAGUGUUACUAAAAAUGCAUUAGUUUCAAUCUAACCAAAGAUGUAAUGUAGAUGAUUAAAUUAAUAAAUUAUUA